AUGCCGCUUCGGACUGUGGCCGAUCAGUUGCGAACAAAGUUACGUCGGCGCCAGUCCCAAUUCCUGCCGAGACAACAACACCACCAGGACGAUCUAAAGUCAGUCGCUUCAUCUCCACGAUCGCACCACCAUCGUCCGAUAACACCUACUACUACUGAUACCCCUCCGGCUACCGUUACUCCUCCGCCACCAGUGCCUCCACCACCACCUUCUCCACAAUCCCCUUCGCCGCCACACCAGCAGCAACAGCAACCACAGAAAAGUAGUGAUAAAAAGAAAGAAUUCCCACCCUCGACAGACACGCUUCUGAAUGGUAUUGGCGAUUAUAGCUUCGUCGAACAGAUCGGCCACGGCAAAUUCAGCAAAGUUAUGCUUGCACAACAUUAUAUUACUGGCGAACGCUUUGCAGUCAAGAUCAUUGACAAGCGCAAGCACGAAUAUCGCGUCAUGUCUCGAUUGGUUCGUGAAGUAGCCUUGAUGGAAGCGAUGGAUCAUAAAAACGUGAUCCAUCUCUAUGAAACAUACGAGACUGCCGAAACGCUUUAUUUGGUUAUGGAAUAUGUACCCGGGGUUAAUCUGGAUGAGCAUCUGCAGCGAUCCAAGAAAGGUGCCCUGUCCGAAACAGAGGCACGAGCCAUCUUUCGACAAGUGGUGGCAGCAGUAGAUCAUUGUCACCGCAAAUGGAUUGUUCAUCGAGAUAUCAAGACACCCAAUAUAUUACUGAUGCCGGAUGGACAAAUUCGCUUAGCGGAUUUCGGGCUGGGGAAUAGAUUCGGGCACCAACGCCUGAAAACCUUAUGUGGAUCCAUGUUGUAUUAUAGUCCUGAAAUCUUUUCAGGCCAGAGGUAUACAGGGCCAGAAGUGGAUUGCUGGUGUUUGGGUGUCACGUUGUUUCGCAUGACGGCCGGAUUCGAACCUUUUGCACAUGCGCGCAAUCCAGAUCAGCUGAAGAAAUACGUGGUAAGCGGGAACUAUCCAAUGCCAGAGAAUCUUAGUCCAGGGCUCCAACAGACGAUCCGAAAAUGUUUAUCGGUCGACCGACGAAAACGGAUGGGCAUCCGACUCGCACUCAAAGACGACGCAUGGCUCAAUGACGACGGCCGACUGCCGGACCUUUUCAAAGACACGGACCGCGACUAUUUUCCGCUGACGGCGGAUCGCGAGCGAACGCGGCAGCGGUACCUCAAAGACAUGGAAGAAGAGAAUCGACGCGGAUGUCACGUCAAGAAAUCCAUCCUGUAUCACCCGAUCAACCCGUCUAUCUAUUUCACUAGCCGAUCGAUGCACUAUACACCUUACUCCAAACGAGACGAAGUCGUACAGGCUCAAGGGCUGCUGCAGAAGGAAUUGAUAAAGACUGUUCGCGCGCAGUUAAAG